AUGCUUUUAAGUUGUGAUGUUGGUAUUACAAGUGCAGUUAUUCAAUAUCUAGAACGACAAGAAUUAACUCAAGAUGAAAAAGAAAUAAAUUCAAUAAUGUUAUUUAACUUCUUUAAUGAACAUAAUAAAUUAACAGAAUUAAUUAACUUUUGUAUAGAAAGAGAUAUUUAUUUAAAAUAUGAUGAUUUAAAUACAUAUUCACCAUAUGUAACAUUAUAUAAAUGUAUGUUAGGAUAUACUCAAAAAUAUUAUUUUUCUCAAUUCUCUGCCUUUUAUCAAAAAAAAGCAACUAAAAUGAAAGACACUUCAUUAGAUGAUUGUCAAUCAUCAAAAACAGUAAAAAAUAUGGUUGCGUUUAAAUCAAUUUUAGAAGAUAUUGUUUCUCUUAUGACUGAUGAUUCUAUUGUUCCUAUUUAUAUUAAAUAUACAUGGUCUACAAUUUAUAAAUUAUUAUAUAAAACUAAUCCUGACAUAGUAAUGAAAUAUAUGUAUUUAAAUAUGUUUCUUAUUCCUUUUAAUGAUAUAAUUGAAGAGUUAAUGAAAGUUAUUUCAUCACAACAUUUAAACACAUUAUUAAAUGUCUCAAAAUGUUUUCAUGAAAUAAUUUCUCCUUCAAAUAAAACACUUCCUUAUCCGUUUUGGAAAGAAUGGAUUGCAACAAAAUGUAUUGAUUUAAAAACGAAACUUAAUAAUUAUAUCAUUCAAAUUUCUAAAUUUUAUUGUGAUGAAUCAGAUGUUAUAAUGGAUCUUCCUCAAAAUCUUGUUAUUCCACUUAUUGAUUAUCUUAAAACUGACUGGGAAAGUUUAUAUGGAUAUCUUUCUGAAGAGGGAUAUCGAAUGAUUGAACUUCGUAUGACUUCUCAACUAGAAAUGAAACAAAGAGUUUUGUCUCUUGUUCAUCAAAUUAAUCAACUACGAGUAAGUACUUUUAAUGAAAAUCAAAUGUAUCUUCAAAAAAUGUCUGAAAUGAAAAUGAGAAUGAAAGAUCUUCAAGAAGAAAGAAGAUAUUUAAGACAAAUUCUUUAUCCAGAAGAAAGUGAAACAAUAUCUAUUGAAGAAGAUAAAGAUUUAUCUACUCAUUCUUAA